UAAGAUACAGCACACAUUUCCUUUUAAAUAGUUAAAACUCUCGAUAAUCUUAAAUAAAAAUGGCUAUCUUAUGUGAAAUAAACUUAGACAGAGAACCUGAUCAUUCAUUUGUGCCUGGAGAAGCAGUAUCUGGAGUUAUCAAAUAUAAAUUGAGUGAAAAUCUAACGUUCAAGAAAAUCACUGUUUCUCUUAUGGGCGAAGAUUUGUUGACAGUUGAUGGAACUUGCCAAAACUCUAGUUCGGAUAUUUCUAACGAGAAUUACGUGAAAAUAAAUAACCUCAUCCUCGAAGACGAAAAAGGAGUGACAUUCGCCGCUGGUACGUACGAAAUUCCAUUUUCCAUGACGCUGCCUUACAACAUUCCGAAAUCUUUUGAUUACAAGAAUAACAAAGAUGGAUAUUGCAUCAAUUACAAAAUAUUUUAUUACAUCCGCGUCAAAUUUGUAAGACCUGGCCUCAUGAGACACUCUCAGAGUUUUAAGAAAAGUAUAAAUGUAUCGUCGGGUAUUGUACCCACAUUGCCAAGAGUUCCAGUUACGUAUGAAUCAAAAAGGAAGAUUGAAAAAUUAUUUAGUAGAGGAGAAAAUUCUGUUGCAUUAAAAGUAACUGUAGACAAUUCAGUUGUCGAAACAGGAGGCAGAGUUCAAAUUAAAUGCGACGUGAAAAAUGAUACAGCAUUCAAUAUCAAGCAGAUCAAAGUGAAACUUGUAGAAGAGCUGAAAAUAAAAGCCACAGACAUAUCCGAAGAUGUAUACGAUGAUCUUUAUUCAAUAUCCUUAAAUCCAUCAUUAAAGUCCAGAGGAGACACUGAUGUUAUAAAAGCUGUUUUGGACGUACCAAAGGAUGCGUUCACUUUACAGAAUUCGGUAUUAGUAAGCAGGAAUUACUUCAUUUAUGUGACAGCAGUAUUGCCAGCGUUUUACAAGAAUGCAGUUCUGAAAGUGCCCAUAGAAGUUGGAGAAAACAACAUCGAUGCUGUUAUAGCAAGAGACACACCUCCAUCGUAUUGGGAUGCCAUGAAUUUGUGCCAUGAAAAUCCGACAUGGUUAGAUUGAACUAAGCUAAUUGAGUGUAACGAAUUUAAAUUUUUAAUGUGAAAUCUUUUCGUCGAAAAUUAAGGAUUGUGGACCGAAAGUACUUAGGUUAUGCCAAAGAUUAGUUAAUGUUAAGACAGAGUUUAACCCAAAGGUUUGUGAUAUUUUUUGUUUGUAAGUACGUGGUGCUAUUCUAAACUGACUGGUA